UUGAUUGACAAAGUCAUGAAGAAUUGAAUAAACCACAUUUUGGCUCUGAUAAAAGAUAUGCUUCUGGGGUCAAAAUGAUCCAUGUCAGAAGUAUUGUUCAAUGCAAAUAUGUAGUGGGUCUAAAGUUUGUUUUAAAUUAUCACUCAUUAAAAACGACUCAAUCAACACAUGCUUUUAUUUGAACGACUUAAUAUAAUAAUCAACUUUUAUGAAAUACAUGAAAAAUAAACUUUUGGUUCCUCAACUGCGUUGCCCACUCCAGUCAGCAGAUGGCGAUGUGCGUCUUUUAGGUUCAGGCGAUGCUACCAGUGUGACGUAUAAUCUAGUGGACGGGACGCUCCUUCAACAACAACAGUUAGUCAGACACCUCGGUAGCUUUCUAGCAAACAUAGCUACAACAUUCACGCUCUUUACACUGUUAUGGUGUAUAUUAGUCGCUGUGUUUUAAACACACUUCUGUCGUAUGUACUUGUUGGCCCAUUUAAUUAUAUAAUUACGUUGUUUGUCAGCUAGCUGGUUUGCUAAAUUAGCUUAGAACUAGGCUAGUCGCUAAUGCUAGCUAGCGAACAUCCCCGACCAUGAGUUCACUAAGCUACUCUCCUCCUGCUAAAAAAGAGGUCUUCUGGACGGAGAAAGAAGCUCUCCUGAAAGAGGAGGAGGAAGAGAAGGAUGUUACAAUACAAAAACAAGUAGAGGGUGAGGCUGUUACCGUGAAAGAAGAAGAGAAAGACGUUUCUGUGGAAGAAAAGGAAGACUCGUUCAGAGUGAAAGAGGAGGAGGAUGUUACAGUAAAAGAAGAGGAGGGUGUUACAAUAAAAGAAGAGGGGGCGGAGAGAGAGGAGGAUGCAGUUUUUGGAGUGAAAGAGGAGGAGGGGGAGAGGACUGUCACAUCGAAAAAGGAGGAGGGGGACGAAGAGGAGGAAACUGGACAUCUGUGCCCGGUUUCCCAAACGCAUCUUAAGGCCUCCUAUGGUUCUGACGGUGAACUUAUCCGUAAGAUGGUUUUGAGAAACCGGGCCGUGAUUAACACUAGAGAGAGACGUGACUAUCGUGUAUCCUCUGGGGAGCCUCAACAACAUCAUGAAGCUGACGAGGCAGAGAAGAGUCCCUCCCGAUCAGAACACCUCAAGAAACACCAGAGGAGACCAACAGGGAAGAAAUCUCACUGCUGCUCUGACUGUGGGAAAGGUUGCAAAUCUUCAUCAGAACCUAAAAUACACCAGCGAGUACAAACAGGAGAGAAAUCUCAUCACUGUUUUGAUUGUGGGAAGAGUUACUUAAGAUCAAAUUCACUAAAAGUACACAUGAGAAUUCACACUGGAGAGAAACCUUAUAGCUGUGAUCAAUGUGGGAAGAGUUUUACUACAUCUAGCCAUCGGAUUGUACACCAGAGAACACACACAGGAGACAAAUCGUAUAGCUGUGAUCAAUGUGGGAAGAGGUUUACUCAGUCAAGCAGCCUCUUAUCGCACCAGAGAAAACACUCAGGAGAGAAACCUUACAGCUGUGAUCAAUGUGGGAAGAGUUUUACUCAGUCAAGCAACCUGGUAUCACACCAGAGAACACACACAGGAGAGAAACCUUAUAGUUGUGAACAAUGUGGGAAGAGUUUUACUACAUCCAGCCAUCGGAUUAUACACCAGAGAACACACACAGGAGAGAAACCUUAUAGCUGUGAUCAAUGUGGGAAAAGUUUUACUACAUCUAGCCAUCUGAUUGUACACCAUAGAACACACACAGGAGAGAAAUCUUAUAGCUGUGGUCAAUGUGGGAAGAGCUUUACUACAUCUAGCUAUCUGACUAUACACCAGAGAACACACCCAGGAGAGAAACCUCAUAGCUGUGAUCAAUGUGACAAGCGAUACUCUGAUAAAAGAUCUCUGAUCAAACAUCAGAAAAUACAUUAAUGAAGGAGUUGUUUCAUGAUAUCAAUGAAAUAAUGUCACAAUGUAGAAUGUUUUAACAUUGUAGUAGGAGUAUUUUAAUGAUGUCACAAUGUAGAAUGUUUUCACAUUGUAGUAGGAGUAUUUUAAUGAUGUCACAAUGUAGAUUGUUUUCACAUUGUAGUAGGAGUAUUUUAAUGAUGUCACAAUGUAGAAUGUUUUAACAUUGUAGUAGGAGUAUUUUAAUGAUGUCACAAUGUAGAUUGUUUUCACAUUGUAGUAGGAGUAUUUUAAUGAUGUCACAAUGUAGAUUGUUUUCACAUUGUAGUAGGAGUAUUUUAAUGAUGUCACAAUGUAGAUUGUUUUCACAUUGUAGUAGGAGUAUUUUAAUGAUGUCACAAUGUAGAAUGUUUUAACAUUGUAGUAGGAGUAUUUUAAUGAUGUCACAAUGUAAACGUUUGCCCCCUGUUCAGUUGAUUUCAGCAUGAUAUGGAUAUUAACCUCAAGGGGAAAAUCCAGGCUAUUAAUCCAGUACUAUUUAUGUGAUUUAACACAAAGUGACUAACAAAAAAAGAGCUGUGUUACACCUACAGCAU